GGCGCCCGCGCGAGGCCGGGGGAAAGGGCGAAUGAGUUGAACUGGUGUCGUUGAAGUGCGAGGGUUGCAGUCAUGUCUUACAACUAUGUAGUGACAGCGCAAAAACCGACGGCGGUGAAUGCUUGUGUUACUGGUCACUUCACAUCAGCAGAUGAUCUCAAUCUGCUGAUUGCCAAGAACACCAGGUUGGAGAUUUAUGUGGUUACACCGGAGGGUUUGCGUCCCGUCAAGGAAGUGGGCAUGUAUGGCAAGAUUGCUGUAAUGGAGCUCUUCCGACCAAAGGGAGAAGGCAAGGACUUGCUUUUCAUUCUGACUGCAAAAUAUAAUGCCUGUAUUCUGGAGUACAAACAGAAUGGGGAAAACAUCGAUAUCAUCACACGAGCUCAUGGAAAUGUACAGGAUCGUAUAGGCCGUCCCUCUGAGACUGGAAUCAUAGGCAUUGUGGACCCUGAGUGUCGCAUGAUAGGUCUCAGGCUGUAUGACGGGCUCUUUAAAGUGAUUCCAUUGGAUAGAGACAACAAAGAGCUAAAGGCAUUCAAUAUCCGGCUGGAAGAACUUCAUGUAAUUGAUGUGAAAUUCUUGUAUGGCUGUCAGGUCCCAACAAUUUGUUUUGUCUAUCAGGAUCCCCAGGGCCGUCACGUGAAGACCUAUGAAGUGUCCUUACGAGAGAAAGAAUUUAACAAGGGACCCUGGAAACAAGAAAAUGUUGAGGCUGAGGCAUCAAUGGUUAUUGCAGUUCCAGAACCAUUUGGAGGAGCACUAAUCAUAGGCCAAGAGUCCAUUACAUACCAUAAUGGUGAUAAGUAUCUCGCAAUUGCCCCACCAGCUAUCAAGCAAAGCACCAUUGUUUGCCACAACCGUGUGGAUCCCAAUGGCUCCCGUUAUCUUCUGGGAGAUAUGGAAGGUCGUCUGUUUAUGCUGUUACUGGAGAGGGAAGAACAGAUGGAUGGAAACAUUACUGUCAGAGACCUCCGUGUUGAACUGUUGGGAGAGACAUCCAUUGCAGAAUGUUUGACAUAUUUGGAUAAUGGAGUUGUAUUUGUUGGAUCUCGUCUUGGAGACUCUCAACUUGUCAAGCUAAAUGUGGACAGCAAUGAGCAAGGGUCCUAUGUUGCUGGCAUGGAAACUUUCACCAAUUUAGGUCCUAUUGUGGAUAUGUGUGUAGUUGAUCUGGAAAGACAAGGACAGGGCCAGCUGGUUACUUGUUCAGGAGCAUUUAAGGAAGGUUCUCUAAGAAUAAUUCGGAAUGGAAUUGGGAUCCAUGAGCACGCUAGUAUUGAUCUUCCUGGUAUUAAAGGUCUGUGGCCAUUGCGUUCUGAUUCCACUCGUGACACUGAUGAUAUGUUGGUCCUUUCAUUUGUUGGACAGACUCGUGUGUUGAUGCUUAAUGGGGAGGAGGUAGAAGAGACUGAAAUGCCAGGCUUUGUUGAUGACCAACAGACCUUCUAUUGUGGAAAUGUGGCUCAUCAGCAGCUCAUUCAGAUAACAUCUGGUUCGGUGCGACUGGUCAGCCAAGAACCGAAAUCGCUGGUUAGUGAGUGGAAAGAACCAAACGGAAAGAAUAUCAGUGUUGCGUCCUGUAAUAACAGUCAGGUUGUGGUAGCAGUAGGCCGUGUAUUGUUUUACCUGGAGAUUCACCCGAAAGAGCUCAAACAAAUCAGCUUUAUAGAGAUGGAGCAUGAGGUUGCUUGCCUGGACAUCACUCCGUUGGCUGAGAGUAGUAGUAUGUCACCCCUCUGCUCUGUUGGGCUUUGGACAGAUAUUUCAGCUCGGAUCCUCAAGCUACCAUCAUUCGAAACCCUGCAUAAAGAAAUGCUUGGUGGAGAGAUAAUUCCACGUUCCAUUUUGAUGACAACAUUUGAAGGCAGUCAUUACUUGCUGUGCGCUUUGGGUGAUGGUGCUCUCUUUUACUUUGGACUUGAAAUAGAAACAGGUUUGCUGAGUGACCGUAAAAAAGUUACACUGGGGACCCAACCAACAGUCUUAAGAACCUUCAGAUCUUUGUCCACCACGAAUGUGUUUGCUUGUUCAGACCGCCCCACUGUCAUUUACAGCAGCAAUCACAAGCUUGUUUUCUCGAAUGUUAAUCUCAAGGAAGUAAACUACAUGUGUCCUCUUAACUCUGAGGGAUACCCUGAUAGCUUGGCCUUGGCCAAUAACAGCACUUUAACCAUAGGAACUAUUGAUGAAAUUCAGAAACUACAUAUCCGAACAGUACCCCUGAAUGAAUCUCCAAAAAGAAUCUGUUACCAAGAGGCAUCACAGUGCUUUGGUCUGGUCAGCAGCAGAAUAGAAGUGUUGGACCCCAGUGGAGGUACCACUGUCUUGAGACCAAGUGCUAGCACUCAGGCCCUUUCUACCAGUGUUAGCUCCAGUAAACUUUUCCCAAGUAGUACUUCACAGCAUGAGAGCUCAUUUGGGGAUGAAGUGGAGGUUCACAAUCUACUAAUCAUAGAUCAACAUACAUUUGAAGUUCUUCAUGCUCAUCAAUUCCUUCAGAAUGAGUAUGCACUGAGUAUUGUAUCCUGCAAGUUGGGCAAAGAUCCCAAUACUUACUUCAUUGUAGGUACAGCAAUGGUAUAUCCUGAAGAAGCAGAACCAAAACAAGGACGUAUUAUAGUAUUCCAGUACUCCGAUGGUAAGCUUCAGACAGUAGCGGAGAAAGAAGUAAAAGGUGCAGUGUAUUCAAUGGUGGAGUUCAAUGGCAAAUUGCUAGCAAGCAUCAAUAGCACGGUGCGACUAUAUGAAUGGACUGCUGAAAAAGAGCUACGUACAGAGUGCAAUCACUACAAUAAUAUCAUGGCCCUCUAUCUGAAGACAAAGGGAGACUUUAUCUUGGUGGGAGACUUGAUGCGUUCGGUGCUGCUUCUCGCCUAUAAACCGAUGGAAGGGAAUUUUGAAGAGAUUGCCCGAGACUUCAACCCUAAUUGGAUGAGUGCUGUUGAAAUAUUGGAUGAUGAUAAUUUCCUGGGUGCCGAAAACUCUUUCAACUUAUUUGUGUGUCAGAAAGACAGUGCGGCUACAACAGAUGAAGAAAGGCAACACCUCCAAGAAGUGGGGUUGUUUCAUCUUGGCGAGUUUGUCAAUGUGUUCUGUCAUGGAUCUCUGGUAAUGCAGAAUCUUGGCGAGACUUCCACACCUACACUGGGCUCGGUAUUGUUUGGUACAGUCAACGGCAUGAUUGGUUUGGUUACCUCAUUGUCUGAGAGCUGGUACAACUUCCUUUUAGAAGUUCAAAAUCGACUGAAUAAAGUUAUCAAAAGUGUGGGCAAGAUUGAACAUUCAUUCUGGAGAUCGUUUCAUUCGGAGAGAAAAACUGAACCUGCUGCAGGUUUCAUAGACGGAGACCUUAUCGAGAGUUUCUUAGAUCUGAGUCGCCCUAAAAUGCAGGAGGUGGCUGCAGGCUUACAGAUUGAUGAUGGAAGUGGAAUGAAGAGAGAAGCAACAGUCGAUGAUCUGAUAAAAAUUGUUGAAGAGUUGACCAGGAUACAUUAGUUGAGUGUUGUGAAUGCAACAGUGGUAUUGCUGGUAUUAUUGGAGGGUUGCAGUGAAUCCUUUAUAAACAAUAAAACAGUUACAGAGCAUCCAUGAAAAGAGCCAAUGAUGCCUGGUAUGCAAAGCCUCUUCACUCGCAGCUAUGUUUCAUCACUAUAUUUUGAGCUGUUGAGUUAGGACACUUUGUUUAUGUGGAAGGGAAUUCUGGGAACGAUGACAAAAAUGACAUUUUCCUUCUAGUGUCUGGUUUUAAAAAUGGCCAAAUAUUAAAUGUAAAAUUGUCUAAUUAAAAUAUAGUAAUAAUUCUCCAACUGUCAUCCCAUUUAACAGGAUGAAUGUAAUGUGUUCUACUUUUUGGAGUAACGGAGUAGGCAGAAAUGACAAGUAAUGAUGUGGGAUUGUUGGGCAUUAAGUCGAAGGCUUUUCAACUUUAACCCUUAACUAAAUGCUCACAGUGCAAAUAAAUUUGUGUUAACAGUCUGCUCUGCUCCUGGUGACUUCUUUUAAACUUUGUGAUGAAAAAUGUAAAAAAAGUUUCUGUGGGGAAAUCUUGCAGUUUAAUGUAGAAAGAAAUGGCAUAUUAAGUUUAGCAGUCUGAGUUUUCAUUUCUUGGACUUGAGUUUGAAUUCAUUUCGCAGUGUAUGUUCUUGCUCUAGGCUGCAAAUUUCAGACUAGGUAUUGAAUUUGAGGAGGUCUGGCCAGUGUUUACUGCUGUUCUUGUUAAAUUGUGGGCUGCUUCAUACUGUGAAUGCAUAAUCAUUUAAGGUGACAGUCUCAUUGAGAUGACUGACAUGAGAAAUUAAAAAUACAGUGCAGUGAAAGGUAUUGUUCUGGCCUUAAGGCAUGGGUUUGGGACACUAUAGUCUAACUUUUAAUUGAACCUGUACUGUAUGUAGUAAGAAGUUAUUUGCACACAGUGCUGUAGUUGGCCUGUUCUACUGUACAUGUACCCAGCACUCUAAUAUUGGCAUGUCAUUUUUUGUGCUUUGAUGCUGAGCAUGUGGGGAUUUGAGACAGCUGUUGGGGGAAAAAGUGUUAGCACUCCUGGGGUUAUCAAAGACCUAUUUGUGAUAUUUCUGAACACUACUGAGUGUCAAAGUAUUUCAUAGAGAAUUGCAGUGAAUGCAAGAGCUACCAUAUAUGCCUUAAUAUGACAGCAUAAUCAUAGGCCUCAAAAUAAUGGCCCCCACCCAAAACUUGGACACUAGUGGUGUGCAAUUUCCAAUGAAUAUUUGAAAAUAGGUUUUGUCAACUUUUUACAUACAUUUAUAUAAAAUUAAUUAUGCAUUGUAGUACUGCUAGGUGAGGGAUAACUUUUGCAUUGCUUUGAUGAAAUUCAGUGUAAAAACGUUAUUUUGAGCCAUGUCAUUCCUUGAAAGUAUUGGAGUUCAGAGAUUUGUUGCUACAGUUCAAUUUCAGAAUUUAUAUCUGUACAGUUGACUUGUAUCAUCUGUUUUGCAUGUAGUUGUUUUAAAGUCAAAAGAAAACAACUUCAUGCUCCAAACCGGAAAGGAAAAUAAUAAUGCUGGAGAUGUACACAGAAAUUUCAGUAUCUUGGGGAAGAAAAAUUAAUUAACACCAGUGGAAUUGUCUUUUAGGCCAUACUCUGGUACUUUUAAUUUUGCUGAUCUCCCUUUAUCCAAGAGGACUGUUUUUAGGGUGUAGUAUAUUUCCAAACGUUGUAGAAUGCCAAGUUAAAAUAUACCCCUUUCCCCAAUGAACAGAAACAUUGGGUUUAGCGUGACAGCACUGACCAGGGCAUAUCAUUUCAUGUGGGUUGAUAUUUUUGUUACUAUAGAACAUCAUUCAACAGGGAGAUGAUCUGAUGGUUGCUUUUAUUUGCAGCUGUUUCUCAGGCUUACCGUGAACUGGGCCUCAUCUCUUGAAAGUGAAUCACUGUGAAGAUAGUAUGUGGGCAGUGGUAUAGAGUUAUGUACCUAUUUACUUUAGUUUAUAGGUAGAGUCCCCUUCUUAUUACUUGGAAGAAAAUUUUGAGUCUCUCCAUUGUGGCUGUUGAAAAAGAAGUGUCCUUUUGUAGGCUGACCAUAAAACUGCUUUAUAAAUAAUGAACAGAUGUGCAAAGUGCUUGAACAUUUUAAUGAAUAUUUGUUACUUUCUUCAAUAAAUUUCAGUUUAAAAGUGUAUAAA